AUGACGGGCAUGAUUGCUGAUGGUUUCAGAUUGCGACCGUUCUCACAAUACUGUUUCCCUGUUCUGUUCGCUGCACUGCAUCAACGCUGCUCCUCCCUUAUCUUAUAUUUUACUUCGCAAAUCAACGAUACCGACAAUUCAGAGUGGGAGAAGUUGGCAGGGGCCGUCAAGGGCCAAGCGAAGAUUGCCUAUUGGGAUACCGAACAGCGAGGUCGCCCACCGGCACUUCUUGGUGAAAUUAAGGGAACUCCAACCAUUCGCUUCUUCAAACCUAAGAAACAGCAAAAGACCAAGGGUAGUAAUGCCCAAAAGACAGUCAUGGACUACAAUCAAGAACGCAAGGCCAAAGAUAUGAAGACUUUUUUGGAAUAUUCCAUGCCCAAUUAUGUGGAACGUGUCUCCUUUCCAGAAGACUUGGCCAAGGCAGUGGCCAAGGCAGACAAGUUUGGUCUACCAAAAGCCAUUUUGUUUCCAUCAAAACCAAAAACUUCUUCUGUCAUCAAGUACUUGAGUACGGAGUUCAGAAGACGCUUGCUAUUGGUGGAAGUGGUUCCAACCAAGAAGAAUGAGAGCAUCAUGAAGGAAUAUGGUAUCAAUGCAGACCAGCUUCCUGCCUUGGUAAUUGUCAAGGAAGGAACCGAAGAACAAGUAGUCUACGAAGGGAAGGACUUUACUCGUCGAAAGUUGGAACGCUUCUUGGCGGAACAUGCCAAAAGCGAACCAGUCUACAAGCCAGUUGAUGGUUCUGGGGAAGCUUCAGAAGAGAAGAAGAAAGACAAGCCAGUGCACACUGAAUUUUAG